CGGGCGCUGAGGUAACUGUAACACCACGAUACGAGACUUAUUUAUUGAAAUAUAUUUUCUGGGAUGAAGUAGACAAGCAACAUAGAAAAGGUGUAAUUAUUUAUAAGUAAUGACAGUUCAUUUAUCGUUAGACACCUAUUUGUUCUCUAUAAUUAACCCAAAAAGUCUCUGGUGGAAGCAGAGAAACAAAUACCCGUAUUUGUAUAGACCUAAAGUCUGCUGGAGGAUAAAUCAUGCCAUUCACCCGAGAGUUUUUCAUACGAGCGAGCCACAGUGUAAAUGGGCUAGAAGCAGAACGUUUUGGUACAACAAAUACAUUUACAGCCAUGAAUUUUUAUACUACAGAGUUUCUAAACUUCUGACUUCUUCUUCCAAAGGACUUACAAAAGUGAACAAUCGCAUGUCACGAAUUAAGAAUACUAUAGAAUCUGUUUCAAAGGCAGUGUCUGGCACUCACAGUGAACUGGUUUCACGGAUAGCUCGAUUAAAGUCACACUCAGGUACUCUGGGAAAAGCAAAUAAAAGUAAUGCAGAUGCAAGUAACAUCCAUGCAAAUCUAGAAAAUGAUAAACAAGUCACAGAUGCCAGAACUCAGGAGGAUUGCAACAGAGGCCCAGCUGCAAAGAAAUCCACUUGUGCAAACGAAAACUUGGAGCCUAUUUUAGUAAGCGCAAGUGGCACUGAUCAAGAUACUGAAAAUGACUCAGCAUCUACUAAAACCCACCUUUUUCAUGUAAGCUACUUUUCUACAAAUUUUGGAGAGACUUACAACUUUGUAGCUGAUCACAUCAACUGGUACUUUAAUAAUUCUGUUAUGGAUCAAGAGAAAAAAAGGAAUGGUUUCUUACGGGACUCUCAAAGUGAAGAGAGGAAUAAGCUCGAUUCAUCAGAAAAUACUAUAAUGAGUGAAGAAAAGACGGUGGAUUCAGCAGCUACUUCAGCUCCUGAAGCAGAGACUCUGGGUGCUGAAAAGACAAAUGCUGCUCUUCCAGUUUCCACUAAAAAAAGUAUUGCAAACUUUCUUUCAUAUCCCAGUAACAGUGUACAAGCUUUUGUAGACAGUUACAUUGGUGGGUUGGUUCCCAAGUUAAGAUCUGAUACAAAAGUUGUUUCACCAGAAAAGAGUAAACAGCUGGAACAAGAAGUGUCUGAGAAGGAUGAGGAGGACAAAGCAAAAGAGGCUAAGACUGCAGAAGAGAGGGAGAAGCAUCUGUCUCUUCAGAGAGAAAAGAUUAUUGCAAGAGUGAGUAUUGAUAACAGGACUCGAGCUUUAGUUCAAGCCCUACGGAGAUCCUCUAAUCGAAGAGUCUGUAUCAGCAGGGUUGAAGAACUGACCUAUCAUCUUCUAGAAUUUCCAGAGAGCAGAGGAGUUGCAAUUAAGGAAAAAUUAAUCCCAUGCCUACUGCGACUGAGACAGGCAAAUGACGAAAGUCUUCAGGCUGCUGUUAGAGAGACUUUAGCUAUAAUUGGAUAUACAGACCCUGUGAAAGGCUGGGGAAUUCGAGUCCUCGCUAUUGAUGGAGGAGGAACAAGGGGUUUAGUUGCACUUCAGACUCUACGGAAACUAGAAGAACUAACUGGAAAGCCGGUUCAUCAACUUUUUGACUACAUUUGUGGUGUAAGCACAGGAGCUAUAUUAGCUUUUAUGUUGGGGUUGUUCCAUAUCCCUCUGGAUGAUUGUGAAGAACUGUAUCGCAAAUUAGGAUCAGAUGUUUUUAAGCAGAAUGUCAUUGUUGGAACAGUCAAAAUGGGUUGGAGCCACGCCUUUUAUGACAGUGAUAUAUGGGAAAAAAUGCUCAAAGAAAAAAUGGGGUCAAAUCUUAUGAUUGAAACCGCAAGAAAUUCCAAAUGUCCGAAGGUAGCUGCAGUAAGCACCAUUGUAAACAGAGGAACACCACUGAAAGCAUUUGUUUUUAGAAACUACAAUCACUUUCCUGGUGUUAAGUCUCAUUAUAUUGGAGGCUGUCAGUAUAAACUGUGGCAGGCUAUUAGAGCAUCAUCUGCUGCACCGGGUUACUUUCAGGAAUAUGUUUUGGGCAAUGAUCUUCAUCAGGGUAUUCCCAGUGUGGAAAUUCCUACUGAAUUCCAAGUCCAAAGUAAUCUUAGUUGGAGUGAAGAUCAUUUUACUUCCAAGAAAUGCUGAACAUACUUUUUGAGAUUUGCUGGAUCACAAUCUCCUUGCCUGAAUACUUCUCAGACUUACUGUCAGUCAGACUGAUUCUUAUUAGUCGUAAAGUAUUUUAUCCCACCCUCAUCACCUACGCUUUUGACAUGUUGCUAGCAGAAUGUCUCUCCUCACUUCCAGACUUAUAAGAGUAGCCUUUGUUCCUAUUGGUCUUGGGCUGAAUUCUGAUCUUCAGACAACUUAAAGGAGCAUCACAUUCCCAGGAACUGGUCCUCAGGGGGGGGCUUGAGUCAUCCUGAUACCUGAUGAAAGGAUAAUACAGAAAAGUUCAAGCAACCUAGGAGAUUUCUCAAGUGCAUUGAUGACAACUUCCUGGCGCAGUUGAUGGAAAGGUGCUUUGCUGGACCUGAUGCUUACAAAUAACAAAGAACUGGUCAGGGACAUGAAAGUUAAAGAAAGCCUUGCCUACGGUGACCAUGAGAUGAUGGAGUUCAAGAUCCUAAGAGAAGGGAGCAGGGAAAAAUGCAGGACUACAGCCCUGGAUUUCAGGAGAGCAGACUUCAUCCUCUUCAGAGCUCUGCUUGGAAGAAUCCCAUGGGCUAUGGCCUUGAAAAGAGGAGGGGACCAGAAGAGCUGGCUGAUACUUAGUGAUCACUAUCUCCAACCUCAAGAAAGGACCUUCCCAACAAGUAGGAUAUCAGGCAAAAGUGGCAGGCGUGGAUGAGCAAGGAAGUCCUAACAGAACUCAGACAUAAAAAGGAAGUGUACAAAAGGUGGAAGCAGGGCCAGAUGACCCAGGAUGAAUACAGAGCUCCUGUCCAGUCUUGCAGAGAUGGGGUUAGGAAACCAAAAGUUGGCCUGGAGUUGAAUCUGGAGAGGGAUGUGAAGGGAAACAACAAAGGAUUCUACAAGUACAUAAACAGCAAAAAGAAGACAAGGGAAAACGUGGCCCCGCUACUGAAUGGGGCAGGGGAGCUGGUGACAAAUGACAUGGAGAAGGCAAGAUGCUUAAUGCUGCCUUUGUCUCAGUCUUUACCAGUAAAAAUGGCUUUUGGGAAUCCCAGGCCCCUGAAACUGGGAAAGUCUGGUACAAGGGGGACUUAGACUUGGUAGAGGAGAAUCAGGUUAGGGAACAGUUAAGCAGACUGGACAUACAUAAAUCAAUAGGGUCUGAUGGGUUGCACCCGUGAGUGCUGAUGGAGCUGGCUGAUGCCAUUGCAAGGUGACUCUUGAUUAUCUUUAAAUGAUCAUGGUGCUUGGGAGAGGUUUGGAGAGCAAAU